GCAAGUUCGUUGUUUACGUCUUUCUCUCGUCGAGCUUGCAGUUUCUGAUAGACUUAUUUCUUUUUUCAACAUAGGCGUGUUUGGAUUUCACCGUGACAUGCCUACUUCCUCAACCCAGAGAAAUGUCCUUUCCGCAUCCUGAACGCCCAAGAUGAAAUUCAACCUCACCACCCUUGCGGCCCUCGCGCUUCUCAGCACAGCUGCGCCCCCGGUCGUCGCAGCCCCAACCCACCAAUUUGACCAAUUCUUCCCCGGCUGGGACAGCAUGCUGCAAGAGCUCCUCCGCGAAAACUGCUCCGCCCCCUACGCCCCCUACCGAACAGGCAACGUCGACUUCAACGCCGGAUCGUCCUCCCUCGUCACCCCCGUCAUCGAGUGCAUCCUCUCGCAAUUCCCCGAAUUCCGCAAGGCCGAACUAACCGCCAGCGCCGUGAUCCUAGGUCUACUCCCUUCCAUCCUCAUGGGGCUCGGCAGCACCGCCGCUGAGACCAGUUACUGGGGGAGCGAGUUCACGGAGACGGUGGCUAGGUUUGUGGAGGGGGCCGAGACGAUUCAUCUUGUUCUGCCGAGGUGGAGUCUCGGAGCUGUGCCGCCGGCGUGGAGGCCUGUGAUUAGUGUGCUAGAAUAUCUAGUCGCCGGAGGCGCCGUGGCGAACGUAGUCAUGCUGGCGUACCAGCUCGGCGUGCAUGCUAUUGUGGUGUUUGCGCCCGAGACGGUGUUUUUGCUGCCUCUGUGGACGUUCUUUGCUGUGCUGAUCCAUCUCGCCGGCGUUUUGUCUCUGCAUUUGCGUGUGCGUGUUGUGAGGGUGCAGGGGGGGCACAAGAAAUAUGUCGAGAGGCGCGGCACGGGGUUCGGGGAGUGGGUGCCAGAGGAGGUGGUGCCAUCGGCGUUUCAGUCGCCCAAGAAGCUGCAGUGGCGGGAGGGAGAGAAUGCGUUGUUUGAGAUGAUUACGUGGUUGUUGGGCGUGGGAACCGUGACGCACAUGGUUCUUGGGACGCUGGUAUUGUCGAGCAUGUUGUUCUUUAGUGUCGUGGACUCGGUCACGAUUGUGGCGAGGUAUAUGGUGAGUAGUAUUGCGUGUCGGGCUGUGUUGAGGUUCGAAUUGAGCGGGAUGAGGGAGGGGACUAAGUAUCAAGGGGCUGAGGGGCGGCAAGAGGAGGAAGAGGUUGAGCUUACUCAGGGCAGCAGAGUAAAUAGUGUCGAGAUGCGGUCCUGGCUCUUCUACAGUCCCGAAGUACAUAAAUUAGCCUCGACUUUAGUAGGGGGGACUUGGGUGGUCAACAAGAAUGGGUUUCCGGAAGUAGUGCUUCCUGGGCUUGGACUUGGACUUGGUGGAUUCAUACCAAGUGGAUAUGAGAUUCAAGACAAUAUUCCAGAACAGUCAUGGCUCAAACAAUCCGAAGACUGUGAAUGUGCUUGUUGUGGCUUCAUGAGAUACUGGUCCAAGAGCUCCAGAUGA